AUGCAUAACCGAAAACUGAAAAUCAACCGAAUGUACUUCUUUCUGGUGCAUCUCUCUAUUGCUGAUCUCAUCACCGGUAUAUUCAAUGUGCUGCCGCAGCUGGCCUGGGAGGCAGUGGGCCGCUUCUACGGCGGCAAUGCCCUCUGCAAGAUGGUCAAGUUUCUGCAGAUUCUGGGGCCGUACCUGUCGAGUUACGUGCUGGUGAUGACCGCCAUCGAUCGGUACCAGGCCAUCUGUCAUCCGCUGUCAAACUCGUCCAGCCAAUCGACCAGCAGAUCUCGGUGGAUGGUCUUCGGCGCCUGGCUCAUCUCCCUCAUCAGUUGCUCACCUCAGCCAUUCAUCUUUAGCUACCAGCAAAUCGGGGUCAAUCACUACGAGUGCUGGGCAACUUUCCCGUACCCGUGGAUGCCCGGCGCCUACGUCACCUUCUACACCUUCACCGUCUUCAUAGUGCCCUUCUUCAUUCUCACGUACACGCACGUCAUCAUCUGCCGGGAAAUUUGGCUCAACUGGCACUCUAAGCGGCAGAGUUUGAUGGUGAAGGACCACCACUCGACGAAACCCAAGCCACCUUCGCUGGGUGUGGAAGGAAAACAGGAGGCCACCACCUAUCAGCUGGUGGCCAACAGCACCAGCAUCAGCAGUGGAGUAUGUACCGGGACUGCCGGAGUCCUCAAUCACAGCAGCAGCAGUGGCCUGGCUCGAGGCCUAGCUCACCCUCACCAUCACCCGUUGCCUCACUCGCCCCUGCCCACCAGCAAGGGCUCCUCUCGACACUCUCUGGCCGCUUCGAGUCACUUCUUCGCCAAGGGCAACGUGACUACCACUACGGCCACGAUGAACGCAGCUGCCAGCAAUCACAACAACUGCAGCAAACAACAGCUGGAGCCGCUGGAGACGACGACCACGCUGAAUCGUCAC